AGACAGCACACCCACCAAGUGCAGGCACAAACUCGAUCUCCAAUCUAGUGAGCAUUUCUUGAACUGUUCUUCUCUGAAAUCUAGCGAGAGAUCGACUGAGAGCAGGAAGGAUGGGCAUCGUGGACGUCGUCUCCGAGUACUGCUCCCUGCCCAGGACUCGCCGCCACAUCAAGAAGCGGAAACAGUUCCAGACGGUGGAGAUGAAGGUGAGGAUCGACUGCGAAGGCUGCGAGAGGAAGGUGAAGAAGGCCCUCGACGACAUGAAAGGCGUGAGCUCGGUGGAGGUGCUGGCGAAGCAGAACAAGGUGACGGUGACGGGGUACGUGGACGCGGCCAAGGUCAUCCGCCGCGUCGCCUACAAGACCGGCAAGAGGGUGGAGCCGUGGCCGUACGUGCCGUACGAGAUGGUGGCGCACCCCUACGCCCCUGGAGCGUACGACAAGCGCGCGCCGGCGGGGUACGUCCGGAACGUCAUCGGCGACCCCUCCGCCGCGCCGCUGGCACGGGCGUCCUCCACCGAGACUAGGUACACCGCCGCGUUCAGCGACGAGAACCCCAACGCAUGCUCCGUCAUGUGAUGAUGAUGGUGAUGAUGUACUAUUCCCGGACUCCGGCCAGCCGGCCGGCGAGACAUUGGUCGGUCGGCAUGCUGGAUCUCUAGCUAGGUUGUGGCUGCUGUUGUUGUCUUCUUGGAGUAGUAGUAGUAUAUUCUUUGUGUUUUAGAUGGAUUGGUGUAAGAUAAGCUGGAUUCGGUGACAAGGAAUCUCUUUCAGUCUUCUAAUUCGCAAUGUUGCCAAUCAGAGGAGCGUUGCAUGAUUUGGUUGGCGAGUGACAGAGACAUGUAUUCUACUUGUUAGGAGCCUGCUUGAUGUAUGUAUGGAUUUCAAACUUGGAAUCGCACAGUAACGUUCUUUA